AUGGCUCCAGAACCAUUUUCACAAGGCUGCGUGUUUACUCUCUUUCAUAAAUUUGCACUGCCCAACGAGUUACGCGCCAUUGAUGCACUUCCACUCGAACCCCGAAAGAACCUCAAUGACACCUCACCAAAUGGCCAGAAAAUCUACAACCUCUUGAAAGCAUUUGAGAAGAAUGGUUUUGUUGAAGGUCUGGAAGAAGCCGGGAGAUUACUUUGGGCGCAAGUUUUUGGGGAACCGGAUUUUAGUCAGAUGCCAAGAAAGGAGCCAACAUCAAUAACAGGAGAUAUUGCCACGAGUGAGUAUGCUGAGGUCAGGUAUACGGCCAGUCAAAGACGUGCUAGUCAACCAGAAGAGAAGCCUGCGCAACUAUCGGCUGCAGAGAAAGUACUUUCAAUCAAUACUACUUUAAAUAGCUUUUUUGGUUCUCGAAAAUCUUGGAUGACGAAGGGAGUUUCAGUAUCACCAAGUCCACGGCGUGCUAGCAUAUCAUCGACUGAGAAUGAUAAGAAUAAUGAGCUUCCUAAUUCUGACUUCCAACUUCAAUCUACACCACCAAUUCCAUUUCACCCCGCACAAUCUCGUCAGCAAACUCAAAACCAUGCAUCUAUUUUUCUCAACCAAGUUCCUGGAGCUUCACCAAACACCUUCAGCAACGGAGUCUACACACCUUGGCCAUUGCACUCCAAUUAUCAGGAACAUCAAUAUGCAAGUCCAUAUUCAAUGCAAGUCCCUACAAACUCUAUGUCAUCUGUUCUAGAAAGAAAAGAUCAGGCACGUAGUCCAAUUUCCUGUCUUAAUUAUACUUCAAAUGAAUUAAAUGAGUAUAACCCAGCAAUGGUGAAUUCAUAUGACCCCGCAAAAUCUCAUUACUUCGCCACUUUGGGGUCAGAUAGACGCGAUCCAAAUACAUUAUCAUAUUCAGCACCACGACAUCUCCCAUCGGGAUAUCCAAAUCAUACGAUGGCGUGUUCAGGUGGUACUCCUUACGAUCCUUCAACUCCUCCCUUCCAUCUAGCUAUAUCAUCUCAGGUACAAGCACUCUUCUAUUCACACAAAAAAGAAGAGAAACACGAAGUCGAUCGUAUAACCUCCAAUAUCCACCAAUCUCUACGGAAUCUACCAGAUAGCCAUGGAAAUCAACAAGUUACUUCGAGCUCCGGAGUGGCUGCUGCAAAUAGCCCAGCAAAUAUGGCAGAUAUUAAUCUGACAAGCCAAACCAUUACACCAAAUGCAUCUACUUAUGAAAGUCCGUACUCUGUUACUUCUUCUAUGACACCUGAAGAAUCGAGUAGAAAUCCUUUUUUUAUUCGUGAUGGUAUGGGUUUUAUACAUUCACAAGAUCUUACGUAUCAAGGCCCUGAUUCGAUUUCAAUCAAUCCGCAACCAGCCACUUCCGGCAAAAGCUCUACAUCUUCUUUCACUAAUACCAAUCCUACUGCCACUGUCCCAAAACCCUCUCAACGCACAAGCAAAAAGCCAGGACUCCUCUUCCAAACGCCCCUCGCUCACAAUUUGGAAAAUUGA